CCGUCAACUUCCAGAACUCAAACGAGGAAUGCGAUAGAAGCUCCUGGAACCUCCUUCUUCCAACUCUUCUCAACACUUCCAGAAAAUUCCUCCUCCUUCACUCUCACUCAUUCACAGCACACACACCUAUAAAACCCAACCGACCAUUCUUUGAUCGCCACAACGAAAAUAGCUACUCCAGAGUCGAGAACAUCUUCCAUAACCAAAAUUUUCCUUCGCACAAGCAUUUCUACUGUGUUCUUUUCCCAGAAUUUCUCCAACUAACAAGAGGAAAAUGGAUCUCAGAAUCAUGGGCUUAGACUCCCCAAUCUUCUCCACUCUCCAGCACGUGAUGGACCUCGCCGACGAGGCCGACAAGUCGUUCAGCGCCCCGACCCGGACCUACGUUCGGGACGCCAAGGCCAUGGCAGCCACUCCGGCUGACGUCAAGGAGUAUACGAAUUCCUACGUUUUUGUCGUGGACAUGCCGGGACUGAAGGUCGGAGACAUCAAGGUUCAGGUUGAGGAUGACAAUGUGCUACUGAUAAGUGGUGAGAGGAAGAGGGAGGAGGAGAAAGAAGGGGCUAAGUAUGUGAGGAUGGAGAGGAGAGUUGGCAAGUUAAUGAGAAAAUUUGUGUUGCCGGAUAAUGCCAACACUGAUGCAAUCUCGGCGGUUUGUCAGGAUGGUGUGCUCACUGUGACUGUGCAAAAGUUGCCACCACCUGAACCUAAGAAGCCCAAGAUCGUUGAGGUUAAGGUCAAUUGAUGGGGCGGGGAGUGUCGGUAAUUCCUACGUCCAAUCUUUGGAUCAUGAGUUUUCAGAAAAUGGCACAUGGUGUUUUUUUCUUUUUUCUUUUUCUCUCUUUUUGGUGGUUUUCUGAUGUAAUGACUGUUAAGUGGGGGUUACUUUACCUCUGUAGUGUGUGUUGAAGGUUUAUGUUAAUGAGUAUUUUAAGGUUUUAUCAGAAA